CCCCCAAGCUGCCGACACACCCUCUUGAGGAGAAGAAAUGGUAAAGCUUGAUUUUUUUCCCUUCUUUCUUGUUCAAGAACAAGCUUAGAACCUAGAACCCCCCCUAAAGCCAAGAAAAUUUUAGAUCUUGCGACCUUUCUUCUCCCCUGCUACCGGUUUCAGCUUGGUGAGGGUGGGGAUUUUUUGAUUUUCUGGUAAGGGAACCACCAUGAAAUCAUCGCUUUAGCUUUGAUUUGCCUUGGGUUUACUCUAAUUUUGUGUUGUUCCUUCAAUUUUGGUAACCCGUGAGUGAGUUCAUUUUUCUUCUCCCCGUUGGCUCCCUUCCCAGUCGGACCCGGUGCUGCUUGCUGGGAGAUUUUGGGUUCGUGAUUGUUUUGUCACCAGAGCACUUGGCUUGAGUUUCCAAUUUUAUGCGAUUUGAGCCACCCGAAGAAAAAAAAAGGGGAACCCGGCACUAGCCUUGAGGAAAACCGGUAAGCAGCCUGAUUUUAUCCUUCUUUUCUGGUCCAAGAACCUGAUUUGGAACCCAGAAAUCUCUCCCCCUGCAGGAAAAUCCGAAUCUGCCCUGCUUUGCUCUGUCCUUCCGCCAGCUGCUCCUGCUUUGUGGGGGUGAUUUGCUCCGGUUUUGGUCCGUGACUUUCCCUGCAACUUGCCGCCGGCAACUUCCCCAACCUGCAGUCCGGUUUCUUUGCUUGCAAAUUCUGGUUCCCAAUCAUUUUGUCAGUUAGUACUGAAUUGAGUGCUCGGUUUUAUGCGAGUGAGGUAAGUAAAUUUAUGGUAAUUCCCGUACAGUUUUUAAAAGCAUGUUUUAAUUUGUUUUUGAAGUGGUGGCGGGACUAAACCCGUUUUAUACAAAAGAAAGUAUAAUUGAUUUGAAAUAAGAUUAUUAUUCUUUUUAUUGAUUUGAGCAUGCUCACUUGAAGUUUAUUUGAUUGUCCCGAUGAUCUGAAAGUGAUUGGUGAAUUAUGUUUUUCUGUUACCUUCAGCCUGUUUUGUCUCCGAUGUGGUCACGUUUCUGUAAUCCUGCUAGUGGGAGUUAAACGCUAGCACAUGUCGGCACAUGUCGAUAUGUUCCUGUUAGAACCGGUUCGUUCCUGUAACCCUGCUAGUGGGGGUUAUACACUAGUAAUUCCUGUUGCCUGCCAGUGGGAGGUUUAAACACUGGCCAUGACCUAUAGAGGAGGCGUCUAUUUCGUUCCCGUACUUGUAUCCGUUUUUCUGAUUAUACUUGUUGGCAUGCUAUAAGUUUAAUAAAGGGCACUCCAUAUUUUACUUACUGAGUUUAUCUCAUAGUUUUUCCUUGUCCACCAUUUCAGGAAGUGAAACCAAGCACGGGAAAACCACGGGAAGUGACGAGUUAGAAGGCUAGCCAUUUCGAGAUUGAUAUAGAUUCUAGAAAUCAUGAUCUUGUAAACCAGAGUGUAUUUGGAGGUUUUAUGAUAUCAGAGUCAAAUUAUAAAAUUUGAUCUUCAGAUUUUGAUGGUAUCAGAUUGUGAUUGGAUAAGUUUCGAGCCUUGUUCAUUUGUGGGACCCUCUCACGAGUGCACGGCAUCUGCCACGUCCCCGGAUUUGGGUUCUGGGGCGUGACAGUACCCGUACCUAUUUUUUGUGAUUAUACUGGUUGGCAUGCUAUAAAUUUAAUUAAGGGCU